UCCCCGUUUCACGAGAAAUUCGGGUCCUGAGACGUGGGUAUCUCGGUGCCCUCUGAUCCAUUCAGGACGUUAUCCAACGGCGGUUGUUGACCGAAGACCGGCCGUUGAAGCAUGACCGAGAAGUGACAGCAAAGCAGCUUCUUCCUCCACCCUUUCUAUAUAUCAUUCGUAAUUGUCGUGCACAAAUCAAAGCUCUACUUCACGCGAGUGGUUCUCUUUGUUGUGAAGGAAGAAAUGGCUAACCAUGAUGGAGAAAUAAGCUCCAAAACUUCGGGAUUCCCUCAUCAUGUAGUUCUCAAUGAAAGGAUCCUUUCUUCUAUGUCACGGAGAUCUAUUGCUGCUCAUCCUUGGCAUGACUUAGAGAUUGGACCGGGUGCUCCAUCAGUUUUCAAUUGCGUAGUUGAAAUUGGCAAGGGCAGCAAGGUUAAGUAUGAGCUUGACAAAGCAAGUGGCUUGAUAAAGGUUGAUCGUGUUCUUUACUCAUCAGUUGUUUAUCCACAUAACUAUGGUUUCAUCCCUCGAACCAUCUGUGAAGACAGCGAUCCUAUGGAUGUCCUGAUUCUAAUGCAGGAGCCGGUACUGCCUGGUUCUUUUCUUCGUGCUCGUGCGAUUGGAUUAAUGCCUAUGAUUGAUCAGGGUGAAAAGGAUGACAAAAUAAUAGCAGUGUGUGCUGAUGACCCUGAGUUCCGCCACUACAAAGACAUCAAAGAGAUUCCCCCACAUCGCCUUGCUGAGAUCCGCCGCUUCUUUGAGGACUACAAGAAGAACGAAAACAAAGAAGUUAACGUGAACGACUUUCUUCCAGCUGAUUCUGCCAUUGAAGCCAUCAAGUACUCAAUGGAUCUGUAUGCUUCCUACAUUGUUGAGAGCUUGAGGCAGUGAGACUCAUCUGGAGGCUAUGACCCCGACCCCAUAAUUAUCAUUUUAAGAAGUCUGGAUAGACUUUCUUGCUUACUAUGCUUGUCUGUCUGCACCAUGUCAAAUACUUGAAAAUAUCAUAUUGCCGAUUUCAGUUUAAAUAAGUGCUUAUACUGCACUAUAUUAUGUGA